AUGCAACUUUGCCAUGUGAUCCGGAGGUUAGGUGCUUCCGCCUUUGACUUUCUGGCAAUUGCUACUUCUUUCUGGUCGCGCCUCGAUAUGCUCCGGCGCCGCACGGCCAAGGACAAGGUCCCCUCCGAUAAACUGGUCAGUAACCCAGGCUCCAAGAAAGAAGAGGAAAAGCUACGCGCGGAAUUCGGCGACGCAAAAGUCAAGCAGCUGGUGCUUAAGCCACGGAGUAAACGUCGCAAUGGGUUCAUCUUCUUGCUGGGCGGGAUCUUCGGCAUCUUCAUUGCCCUGUUCUUCGCAAACCAGCAUGAGGUCAUAAGCUUGGACUCAAUCAUGGAUCUCAAUCUCGAGUCUCUGAUGGAAGCCAUUCCCCAGGGUAUCCUGCGCGACGUGAAGGAGUUUUCGCAACAAGAGCGCGAUACCGUUAGCUACGAUUCCUUUGCGGUCGGCUUGCACCUUCAGUCUCAGGGAGUGAGCGCGAAACACCCGGUUGUUAUGAUUCCCGGUGUGAUUUCGACUGGGUUGGAGAGCUGGGGUACUGCCGAGAGCUCGCGACAAUACUUCCGCUCCAGGCUGUGGGGUAGUUGGACUAUGAUGAGAGCUCUGGUUAUGGAUAAGGCAGAGUGGAAGAAUCAUGUCAUGCUCGACCGUGAUACAGGUCUCGAUCCCCCUGGUAUCAAGCUUCGCGCGGCGCAGGGGUUCGAUGCGACUGAUUUCUUCAUUACGGGAUAUUGGAUCUGGAAUAAGAUCUUGGAGAAUUUGGCCUCUAUUGGAUAUGACCCCACGAAUGCUUUUACGGCUGCGUACGAUUGGCGACUAUCGUAUCUCAAUCUCGAGGUUCGUGAUAAGUAUUUCACCAGACUCAAGUCCUACAUCGAAACUGCGGUCCAGGUUGAGGGCGAGAAAAUUACCUUGGCUUCUCACAGUAUGGGCUCACAGGUGGUGCUCUACUUCUUCAAGUGGGUGGAGAGCGAUGAGUACGGCAAGGGCGGUAAAGAUUGGGUCAACAAACACAUCGACUCUUGGGUGAAUAUCAGCGGCUGUAUGCUCGGUGCAGUCAAGGGGCUGACAGCUGUGCUAUCCGGUGAAAUGCGGGAUACCGCUCAACUGAACGCAUUCGCCGUUUACGGGCUGGAGAAAUUCCUCUCCAAGGAGGAGCGCGCUGAGAUCUUCCGUGCCAUGCCUGGUAUCUCAAGCAUGUUGCCCAAGGGCGGCGAGGCUGUGUGGGGAAACUCCACCUGGGCUCCAGAUGACCAGCCCGGCCAACCUUUGACAUUCGGCAACUUGCUCAAUUUCCAUGAGACUAACUCGUCGUGGACGCAACGCAAUCUCACCGUCACAGAAAGCCUGCAAUAUCUCCUAGAUCAGAGUGAAGACUGGUACAAGAACCAGGUCCUAGAUAGCUACUCCCAUGGUGUUGCACACACCAAGCGCGAGGUCGAGGCCAACGAGAAAGACCCGCGCACAUGGUUGAACCCUCUUGAGGCGCGUUUACCCCUCGCCUCAGAUAUGAAGAUCUAUUGUUUCUACGGCGUGGGCAAGCCCACAGAGCGCAGCUACUUCUACCAAGAAGAGACCGACCCCCUAGUGAACCUCAACGUGAGCAUGGACACGACCAUCACGAACAGCGAAGGCGUCGACCACGGCGUCCUGAUGGGAGAGGGUGACGGCACAGUCAACCUCCUCAGCACAGGCUACAUGUGUGCCAAAGGCUGGCGCAUGAAACGGUACAACCCCUCUGGUAUAAAAAUCAAGGUUUACGAGAUGCCCCACGAGCCUGAUCGCUUCUCUCCCCGGGGCGGUCCUAACACCGGCGACCAUGUCGAUAUCCUCGGCCGUGCCUCCCUCAAUGACCUACUCCUCCGUGUUGCCGGUGGCAAGGGCGAUCAAAUUGAGGAGACCUUUGUAUCCCGGAUUCGCGAGUAUGCGGAUCGUGUACAGAUUUUUGACGAUUAA